UAUCCAACAUGAUGCUGUGAACUUGAUUUUCUCGACCUACAUUCUCCGCGGUCUAUACCUUUUUCACCUUCUACUGUCUUGGCUGAAGAAAAACAAUGUCAGAGAACAUGGUCGUCAUUGUAACUGGAGCGAAUCGAGGCAUUGGUCUCGCUAUUUGCGAACUCAUUUUGAAGACAAACCAGCAUGUCAAGCUGUACGCAGCAUCGCGAGCAGGUGCCGACCUUGGUCUCAAGAGCGCUGGUUCUGGAUCGAUCAAGUACCCUCAACUGGAUGUAACCAAGGACCAAGAUAUCAAGAGGCUGGCCGAAGAAGUCAAAAACGAAGAUGGCCACAUCGAUGUACUCAUCAACAACGCUGGAGUGAACACCUACCCCGAACACUCUCCUGAGAGCGUUAAGCAGAUGCUCGAUGUAAAUUACCGCGGCACGUAUAACAUGUGCAAGGCAUUCAUCCCUUUGUUGUCGAAGACAGGGCGUAUUGUCAACAUGUCGUCUGUUGGUUCGCAAUUGAAGAUCUACAGCCAGCACAACGCAGCUCGCUUCAGAAACACGCAGUCAUAUGAAGAUGUCGAGAAGAUCGUUGAGGACUACAUGGAAGCCGUCAAGACAAAGAAGGAGCUGGCCUCGGGUUUUGGCGACAAGGGUCAAGGCUACAGUGUCAGCAAAGCAUGCGUCAACGCCAUCACAGCUGUCCUUGCGCGUGAAAACCAAGAUCUUACCAUCAAUGCAUGCUGUCCGGGUUGGGUAGACACUGACAUGGGCGGGAUCAUGGGAAAGCCACCCAAGGAGCCAAUUGACGGUGCCAAAAUCCCUGUCAAGUUGGGCUUUGGUGACAUUUCUGGUACGACCGGCAGGUAUUGGGCCAACCCUGGCAUCUCGGACAAGGGAGAUGGUCAAGUCAUGGCUUGGUAACAAUCAGCUUGACGCAAGUUGGGAUUCGAACGAUGCUAGUAAUCAUGAGAUAUGAACAUUGC